CUUGCGUCCAAUCGCAGUUUUACUGGAGUUCGCUUCCGUCCUUAUCCCUUGCUACAGUAGAGUCAAGGCGACAAGGGCGACCAGGAGGCGAAGAGAGUUCCCGGCGGCGAUUUCGCCGGCUCCUCUCCUCUCCGGCGGCCGGUCCGGCGCCGGAGAGGAAGAAGAACCGGGAAAUCGACGCGCGGGUGUAUAUAGGGUAGUUUGGUCUAUAGCUAUGCCUAGGGUUUACUAGCCGGCGGGUACGGCGGCGGAGCUUCAUGAUCCGGGGAGGGUCGGUGCUUCGCCGGCCUUUCGCCGGCAAAUAAGUGGAAGAUCUUACUUUUGCUGGGAGUUGGGCGUCGGCGCUGUUGUCCAGGCUUGGAUGGCGGAGGCGGCGCCGGAUCUUCUACAGCUGGUGUUCCUCUCGCGGACUGCUACUGCUGGCAGUUCGGCGGGGUGGAUUUUGAUCCUCGGGAGGACCUCAGGUGAGGUUUCUUGCCUGGGCUCGUCUGUGAGGUGGGUUCUGGUCCUCUCUUUUGGGAAGGGGAAGGAUCUGUUCCGGGUCGGUGUUGAUGUCGCCGGCCGCGGAUCUUGUCUGAGGAGGCCUCUCUGCAAGAGUUCUGGGUGUUCGUUCAGUGCUUCUUUGAUCUGUGCGCGGGAGUUUCUGGGUUUGUUGGUUGGUGGUGGUGUGCGGACCAAAUCGGAGGGACCGAUUGCUGAUGGCCUCUUCUCGAGUACCUCUCGCAGCUCACCAAGGUGUUGGGUUCGUCUCUCGGUUUGGUUUGGGAAGUUAGGCUGCUUGAAAUUCCUGUGCGCAGAACGAAGUUCACGGGAACGGCUUCGGUUCUCUGUCCAGAGGUGGUUCUCCUUUGCCUUUGCCGGGCUGCUGCUGGCAGUCGCGGAUCCUUUCUGGGUCACUGAUUUCGUCGGUGGCGCCGGAUUUUUCCUCUUCCAAUACUGUGACGAAGACGGCCGAUGCGCGCCAAGUGAAGGAUGUCCUGCGGCUCAAAUAGCCAGAGGUCUCGUCGAGUGUUGGUGGAGUUCUCUCAGCUGUGGUGCCUCUUCAACCGCCUCUAUGGUCGCUCUGGGGAUGGUGGUGAAGGAGGGGAGGCGGACCACGUCGCCGGUGGCGGGGUUCAGGAGCUCGAUGUCGAACCCGGCGUCCAGGGUCACGAGCCAGUCGUCCUUGGCGCCGACCCACCACCUGUUCUGGAGCCCCUUGGCCUCGGCGUGGAAGGAUUUGCCGGAGGACACGUCGUUCAGGGCGAAGGUGGCCGCCCUGUCGCCGUCCACGGCGGACGUGAGCAGCGUGGGGGCGCCCGACCGCAAGCGAUGGGGAGUGCCCUCGCACGCGGCGGCCCAGGGCUUGCAGACGGACGGGAAGCGGAGGGCGCUGAAGGCGUCGAGGCGGUCCACGAUGUGGCCGCACAGCUCCAGCAGGAGGUCGGCCCAUGGGGCGCCGGCCGUGUCGAUCGAGGUCGACUGCCGCAUCGUCGAGAACUCGGAGAUGUCCGCUGGCUGCCAUCGCGAUGAGGACGUGACUUGUCAUCAGAAUGUGGUGACCAUGAACCCAAAUCCUCUUCGGAUUACUACUAGCAAUAAAAUUGGACACGUACACGUCCGGAGAGUCCCGUACAACUAACUGUACAGGUGAGAUUCGUACUAUAUAUUACUGUAACAGAACCGCCAAAUUAAAACUCU